UUUUCAUUAAAUGAACCGGAAGCGCAACGUUUUACACUUGUUCAUAACCAAUCUGAACACUAGGUGGCGCCGUAAACAAGCGGUAUAUUUGUAAAGCCCAAAUCCCUGGGGGACGAGAGCCACGGAGAGGGAGAGAGGGGAGAACAUGCGCCGUGCGUUUUUGUCGUGCACAGCAGCGGCUCCCUCCUCUCUCGCAGCGCUUUGAAGGUGCAGGUGUGCGCGCCGACUAUCCGCCGAAGCUUUAUUCACUUUCACUCCAUUUGGGGCGGAUUCGUCGGCUUAAUCGAGACGCUACCUGGAAUCGCAAGUAGUCUGCACAGAGUCCAUCUCAGCAGCGAGGAUGUUGCAGGGAUAAGCGGCGGGCAGAGCAUCCCCUCCGCUGUAUUGCGCUCAGCCGGCAUCGUCAGCUGUUGCUCUAGGAGCGAGUGGAGGAGAGAAACAAAGGCCAAACUAUGCGACCGAUUUCCAGACGGUAACCGUUUUCUCCCAACGUAGACCGGGGAGCGGAUGCGGGCGGAGGCGGUCGGCGAGCCUCUGGUUAUCUUCUGCCCUUUGUCGGUGCCGGCGGAGCUGUGCCAAUGGAGAAAGCGACUCCACCGCCCCAGCCUCAGCUCCAGCUCUCCAUAGCGAAGACGGAAAGUCCGGCGGAGGACAUCGCCGGCCUGACCGACGAGGAGCUGCUCAAGUGGACGAAGGAGGAUUUGGUGCGGCGGCUGAGGCGGUCCGAGGCCGACAAGAUGAGCGUGAUUCUGGACCACGGGAAUCUCAUCCGGGAGGUCAAUCGCAGCCUACAGCUGCACUUGAAUGAAAUCAGGGGGCUGAAGGACAUUAACCAGAAGCUACAGGAGGACAACCGCGAGUUGCGGGACCUGUGCUGCUUCCUGGAUGAUGACCGGCAGAAGGGAAAGCGCGUGUCCAGAGAGUGGCAGCGCCUGGGCCGGUACAGCGCCAGCAUCAUGCGCAAGGAGGUGACCCUCUAUCUCCAGAAGCUGAAGGAGCUGGAGCUUCGGCAGGAGGAGGUGGUUCGGGAGAACCUGGAGCUGAAGGAGCUCUGCUUGUUGCUGGACGAGGAGAAGGCGGCGGCAGGCGGCGGCGGAGGGGGAGGGGGAGUGGGGGUGGGCGGCUGCCGCAACUCCAUAGACAGCCAGAACAGUCUGCUGCUGGUGCCGGGGCAGGGGCUCCUCAUGAGGGACGUGGGGGAUGGGAGCAGCACCUCCAGCGCGGGGAGCGCCGACAGCUCCGACCACCCCCACCACAAGCAGCCUCACCUCCCCGCGGGAGUGGGCGGCGGCGCCGGGGAGAAGGGCAGCCCCGAGCUGCUGCACAAACCCAGGUGCAGCAGCAUCAGUGGAAUAGCAGGGGGGGGCGCGGGGGACAGGGACGUGUCCAGCCCGGAGCACCCCAGCGGGCGCCACCGCAGCACCAGCCUGGAGUACCCGUACACGCUGCCCCAGCUCUGCCGGCCGCGCUGCGGCUCCAUCUCCGUGCCCGACCACAGCCGCGCCCUGCGAGGCCUCAGCCCCGAGAAAUACGGCAGGGGCGCGGGCCGGGGGAGCCCGGAGCAGCACCCCAAGCACCACAGCUCCGACCUCCUGCUGGGCCAGAGGCAGCACUUCCUGGGCCAGGGCGGCAGCGGGGAGCUUUUCCAGCGGCACCACCGCAGCAGCAUCAGCAGCAUGGGCUGCGGGAGCCCCGAACCGCGCCAAGCGCACAUAGGGGGCGGCGAGCACCACGAAAAGGGCUGCGUGGUGCAGGGGGGCAGCCCCGACACCCACCGGCACCAGUACAGUAUGAGCCCGGACCACGUGAAGCUGGGAAGCCCCGGACGCGAGGGGCAGCGGAGGGCGGCCGGGGACGAGCUGUCGCCGCACCACCGGAGCAUCUACAAUGGCAUGAACGCUUUGAUAUCGGCUGGCUGCUGCACCAACAACUGUAGAAACGUCAAGCUCUGGGACAGUUUUGACGCCUCCUCUUGACCCCAGCGGGCUCAGCGAGGUGUCCCCAACCACCGGUGCUCCUGUGCCUCCAGCCUUGACAGGAAACCGAACCCCCCCCCAGCCCCGGACCGCCCGCCGCCAGUCCACGCUUCUAAACAGCCUGCCUCCAUGUUCCCAUUCCUACGUAUCCACAGUUUGAACACGGGAGGACGCGUCGGGUGCCGUGGCCUGAGUUGUGCAGAGCUGAUUCGAGCGGCUGCGUCUCCCCACCCACUGUGACGUGGCCACGCCCCCACAGAGCGCCCAGAGGGAGGGAGACUGGGGACGGCUGACAGGGGACGGACAGGGCUCUGUGCUGUUUGUGCCACUUCCCUCAGUUUACAGAUGUACAAGCACAGAAAUGAAACUUUCCCCACUCAGCUGCUUUCAUUUCCCUCUGCUGCCCCCCCCACUCUGUGACCCCCCCCCCCCCCCUGUUUUUUCCUUUAUCUUCAGCCAAUCGUCAUCCAUGGUGCACAAUGAGACUGGUGUGAUCUAAUGUUCUGUCUCUCACACAGCGCCCCCCCCCCAACAUUUCACACCUUUUUCAGAGUAAACAAAACCGAAAACAUGUCUGUUAAAAGCCUCCUCCUGUGUCUUAAACCAAGAUGGUCACCAUUACUAGCUGCUGACAGAUGUUCUAGUUCUAUAAGAUGCAACGUUCAGGUGUAAUUGUUCUUUUUUGUAUUAUCUUUUUUGCUCCCCUAAAGCGCCUAUACUGAAGCUGGGGAGAAGAGUAUACGUUUCUCCAUCUUGUUUUUUUUACAAGGAAGUAAAGUCCAAGUAAAAAGUAGAAUAUUGGAUUAGUUUUCUAUAUAUGUAUAUCUAUCUACCUAUCUAUCUAUCUAGCUAUAUAAAUAUAUAUAAAAUAUAUAUAAUUAUUAUUUUUGACUUACUGGUAUUAGAACUAUUAUGAGAAGAUGCAUACAAUAUAUCUAUCAAAUAUUAAACAGACUUCUUUAUGUAAAAGUGCAUUGUUGGGUCAUAUUUUGGUGCAUUCAUGAUUUGAAUGUGUGGUAGUAUCUUCCAUUCAAAGCUUCAAGGUUAUGAAAAAAAAACCUUGAGGAAUUUCAGCUGGUGCACAAAGUAAUUAGAGUAAAGUAAAGUAAAAAAAAUUAAAUUGGAUUCACAAAAUUUGUAGUGUCAAUAAAGCCAGGGAUAGAUUAUCAAUUAACGAUUCCUUUGACAAAUCAAAAGUGGUUGCGUUGUAGAAUAGCACAGAUGCAUCCAGGGUGAAGGCUUCUCAGAAAUUUGUCUUUAUUACGUUUUGAAGGUGCAGAGCGUCACUGAGCAAAAUUCAUUCAAUAUUAGUUUUAUUGACUUUUGAAACAGUCAUGUUUGUCUACUGUACUGUAGGUUUGAAAUGGGUCAAUACAAUGACAAUGUGUGUGUAUCAUGUUAGGUACAGUCAUAGUGCAAGUGAGACUGAUUUGACUCUUAAUAAGCUGUGCUGAUACUUAGCUUAGGUGUCUUGGCUCUUGUGGGGUCCUAUUGAAUUUCUUAUCUGUAAACCAUGUGUUGUUACAGUGAAGAUAAAACAAAAACCUGGAGAACUCUGAGGAGAGAUGAGACUGAUUGGAUGAAUGUAGCUCAGAGGCAGAUUAAAAGGAGGAUUCGUAUUUUGCUGAUGUUGUUGUCAACUAAUUAGAACCGUGAGAACGCAGAAAACCUAGAAACAAGGUUUGACUCACAUAAAAUAACUCCAUUCACUGU